AUGGCGCCUAUGUCUAGACAUUCGCUUCCCGGACGUCCCUCAAGAUCAUCUCAGCCAAAGUCAUCCUUGAAAUCCUCGCGCAGCGCCGUAGACUCCCCAGAAGGCCCUCCUUUGAAGAAGCGCAAGUACGUGCCUGGAGGACCUGGAGGUGGUGGAAGAUUUGUCGAGCUCGAAGCUGCGCAGCAGCAACAGCAACAGCAACAAGAGACGACACCAAAGAAGAAGUCUUCUGGUUCUCACCGACGUCAUUCCACUAAUUCACGAAGCCGGCCCGCGCGCGACGAACAGUCAACCCUCGCUCCGCCACCACCUCCCCCUGUGCCCAUCACACCACCCUCCGUUACGCGUCCAAGGAGAGAUAAGAGAGAGAACCGAGGUCGUUUCACCUCGUCAACAGCCGCAGCCCUGGCUCUGCAACAAGGCGAUGGAUACAAACCGCGCGAGGAGCGGGGUUGGGAGGAGUUCCACCCCGAUCUAGACAUCGAUGGCAGGCUUGCCGUUUUCACCUCGGCGGAGGUAGACACGGUUGACCCUGCUGUCAAUUCCCUGACCCUGGAAUCUAUUGCAGGUGCCAGUGUCCAGGAUAACUCGGGGACUCCCAUGAUUCAUUCCGCCGACUUGGCCUCGCCAAUUCCUUUCAAGCGUAGACCUGGACGUCCGCCGCGUCGCCCUGAGGCUAUCCUCAAUGCACUGCUUGCGCAACAACAGAGGCCAAAGGUCAUCCCUCCACCGGGUCCGAAUCCUCGGGAGAAGUUGACUCUGCCGAAGCCGUCAUUCCGCCAGAAGGAUCCAUUCACCUUUUAUGAGAAGAAAGGCGUUGGUCAGCAGAACUAUGUCGACCGAACUAUGGCCAGUGUUGGUUAUCAGGAGAGCGAUCUGUUCAUUCGCCACGAUAGGCGUUUCAUCCGUAUGGCCGAGGGUGCGCAAGAGGACGACAUGGAUAUCAUCCAGCCUGCCGUUACCGAGGGUGACGUUAAUGCGUCAAUCGGGCGCGUCGAGUAUGAUAUGGAUGAGCAGGACGAGAAAUGGCUGGACGAAUUUAACGCCAAGCGUCGAGAAGAUCAGCUGGAGCCGAUCAAGCCUGCUAUCUUCGAGAUCACCAUGACCAAGAUCGAGAAAGAGUGGCAUGCACUCGAGAAGCGGAUCCCGAAGCCAAAUCCCAAGCCGCCUCAGACGCAGCGGCCACGCUCCAGCUCUGCGGCUGCAGUGAAUGGCGAAACUGCUGGCCCGGGUGAAGAACAGGACAGUAAAUGCGCCAUCUGCGAUGAUGGCGAUUGUGAAAACUCGAACGCGAUUGUCUUUUGCGAUGGCUGUGACUUGGCCGUUCAUCAGGAGUGUUAUGGUGUUCCUUUCAUCCCGGAGGGUCAAUGGCUCUGCCGCAAGUGUCAGCUUCUGGGCCGCGGAACCACCAACUGCAUAUUCUGCCCAAACAUCGAGGGUGCAUUCAAACAGACCACUUCGUCGAAAUGGGCUCACCUACUUUGUUCCAUCUGGAUCCCAGAGGUCUCCAUCGGAAACCCUUCUUUGAUGGAGCCAGUCACCGAUGUUGAGAAAGUACCACGCAGUCGCUGGAAGCUGCUUUGCUACAUCUGUAAGCAAAAGAUGGGAGCUUCAAUCCAGUGCAGUAACAAGAACUGCUUCGUUGCGUUCCACGUGUCAUGCGCGCGACGUGCUCAGCUGUACCUCAAGAUGAAGAUAGGACAUGGGCUCAUGGACUCACAUCUUCUUAAAGCCUUUUGUGACAAGCAUGUACCUCCAGAGUGGCGGUUGGAGCAUGGUACUGAUGCUGCGACUGCCGAUGCGAUUGAGUACUACCGCAACACUAUGCAGGGUAGACGGUGGGGUGAUAGUCAAGCGGCGGCGUUGUCGUUGGGACCUUCACACGCAGAAGAUGGGGAAGAAGAUCGGACUCUUACCCCUCGCAUCACUUUGACCGUCGGCGGCAACAAACGCAAACGUGUUCCCAAAACCAUCUGGAAGUUGCCUUCUGGCGCCCCCGUCAUCCCCCAGGUAGUUCUCGACUCUGUUGUUGCCGCUCUUGGACGAUUCACUGUCCGCGGCCGCAAGCACUACGCGGAGGAGGCUUGCAAGUACUGGACCCUCAAGCGCGAGGCAAGACGAGGCGCCGCCCUUCUGAAGCGCCUUCAACUCCAGCUUGAAACCUUUUCCUCCAUGGAGAUGACACGCAGAGAUUACGUGGCGAUGGGCGUCACCGGCCACAAACGCCUGCAACGCCGCAUCGAAUUUGGCGACCUACUCUACAAAGACCUUGACCAACUUCGUACCCUAUGUGCUAUGGUGAAAGAGCGAGAGAGACAGAAGCUCAAGGAUGCGGAGAUGCUCCGCCACAUCGUUGACACCGUCUACUUCCCCAUUUUCCCACUUCUCUGGCCCAUCUUUGAGAAAGCGCAAGUUCUGGAUGGCAAGGGCACCUUCGCAGCGGGCAUGCAAUCAAUCCGCAAGCGGCUGGAGGAACGUUUCUACCCCUCCGUUGCUUCUUUCUCUGCAGACCUGGCUAGCCUGUUCACAUCAGAGAUCGGUGUCGCACCUGCUGGUGAUACUGCCGCUCUGCAAGAACAGAUCAGUGGACGUGCGCCCGAGCUCAGCCUGGAGCAACGCGAGAAGCGCAAGCUGGCCAAGCGAAUCAUCAAGUCUAUCCAGCCAGCAUUGGAGGAUGCGAUUCGAAAGGAGAGCGAGCUGAACCGCAAACCUUUCGAAAAGGAGCUUAAGGAGCUCGACGUGAUCCUCGACCACAGUGUCAUGUCCCGACGGGAUUCUAUUGAAUUCGAGGGUGAGACCGAGAUGGAGGCUGGCGAGCUUGAUGCCAAACCCGAACCUAUGGAGGGCGUUGAACACGCCGUAUCCACGACGGAAACCGCAGCAUCGGUGGAGUCUCGCCCAGCCGAGGACGACACCGCGACUGCUCAGGAACCCGCACCUGAGGACGCUGCCGUCGAGGAGGCUAUCCCUCCUAACGAAACCAAACCCAACAUCAACGCAACCUAUCGCCGCCACCCAACUCCCGUGUUGACCGAAGAAGACCAGCAGCUGCCCCUGGCACAGGGCGGUAUCCAGUGGUACAUGCAGCCAUUUGAUCCCAUUGGCACUACCAUUCACGAGGAGCGCUGGACCGGACGGGAUGUUAUGCGUGGCAUGAGCGAGGAACUCAGUGAAUUGGACGAGGACGAACUCAAGGAUCUGGUAGACGACGAACUUGAGCCGGGUUCCAGCAAUGCGCCCGCCAAUGCAGGCCAGUUGCAGAAGGAUGUCCGUCGGACACGUCGCGGACGUUUCAAGUGA